CUGCCUCCCAUAUUGUUGCCCACAUGUCAUCCUAGUGCAUAGUAGUUCCUGAGUCAGGUGUUCCAUUUCGAUUAUGUAGGGACGUUGUCAUUGUGGCAAGCCGUUUACACCACGAUUGAUCCUCUUCAAUUCCCCAUCUAGCUCUAGCCAGAACGCUAAAUUGUCAGCUCGCAGCGCAAAGAUGCGCCUGGUGAUCCUUCGACUACACACGUAGCCAAUUUCUUAGGUCAGUUUCAGAUGGCUCUUGGCGAUCGCGGGGGGCGCGAACGCUUUCCGAGUCCGCCUCACCGUCAUCGCUACUUUCUCAGGAUCCCUCGCGCGAGCUGUUCAUUCCUAUGGUUAAGUUCUCCCGUCCUUCGGCUGCUCAUCCUGGUGACCACUGUCCGCAGUGGCAUGAUGCAAGGAAUCCAGGUGGAAGCUUCCUCGUCGUACAAUGACGUGAUCGACGAGUCUCCCCGCCUUCGCCUGGACCACGAGCGAGACUUCAUAUCUCACGAGCUCGUCCCCCCCACCGCCGCAUCAGCUGGCGUGGACCCCUCCGCCGGUCCUUAUCCUUCCGAACGCGAUCAUUACCCCUCUGCGUCAUCCGAUCCUACCAGUUCGGACUCAAUGGACGAUUCCUGGGCUGACGAUAAUUUCGACACCAGGUGCGCGCCCAAUGCGAGUCCGGCGUCGCUGGUACCGCAGCUUCGGUCGGACGACGAGUGCGUGGCGGAGCUCGCGACCUUCCCCGCGCUCGACGUCAAGCAGCGCCACGUGCGCGUCUUCGCGUGCCUGGCGCACCGCUACCUGCAGCCGUGGAUGGGCAUUCCGGGGAUCCAGGAGGGGCUGGGAGCCCGAGGCAUGAUCGCGCCGGGUCUGCUGAAAGCCAUGGGGAAGAUCGGCGGAGUGAUGUCGUGCUCCGGGCACGUGCGCAUAGUGAAGGGCGCCAUCUACUUCCGGUACGGGGGGUUCGAGUUCGAGUGGUACCGCAUGCGGCGCUUCGUGCUGUCCAUCCUGAUGAUCCAGGACGCCAUCCGCACGUACGGCCUCUCGUCGCUCAGCGCCGAGUUCUUCCUCAACACCUGCGACCUCCCCGCCAGCACUGCGGGGUCGCGCGCCAACGAGAAGGCGGGGCUGCCCAUCUUCAGCCCGCAGGGCUCGCUAGGGUUCGUCGACAUUCUCUACCCCGACCCCGUCGACCUCUCCAUGCACUACUACAGCGAAAAGAGCGCCAUGUUGCCGUGGGAGCGGAAGAGGAGCAAGGCAGUGUUCAGAGGAGCUGCCACUAAUUUCAAGAUCAGACGGCCGUACCAGUGGAGAGGCAGCCCCAGAUUCAGACUGCACCGCAUGUCCGACGUGCGGCCUGAUUUGCUGGACGCCCGCAUCAUGAAGCUCAACGCAGCAGGAUACAGAGACCUUCUGAAUAAGGACAAGAUUGUGAAGGGCAAGGCGUUCAACAGGUCGCAGUUGCAGUCGUUUAAGUACGAACUGGUUGUGGACGGUGGCUCAGGGACCUGCCGCACAUGUGGAGUCAUGUCUAGUGACCAACUGAUGAUAAAGCAGACGUCAGAGCUGUACCAGUUCUUUGGCCCUCUGCUCUGCCCCUUCCGCCAUUACCUGCCCACGGCCCGCUACUUCGCGGACCUCUUUUCUCGCGUGGAGUGGGCUCGGGACAAUGACCAGCAAGCGCAGAUGAUAAACAAGGCGGCCAACAAAGUUGCAAGCACUGCCUGCACCUGGGAGGGACGGCGACUGUAUUGGGCCAUUCUGCUUAUCAAAUAUUCUGAGAGUGCCAUGGAGGACUCCAGCCAGGUCAAGGUGCCCGAUCAGCUGUUUGAAUGUAAAAACCUACCGAAGCAGCAGGACAUUGAACCGCCACACUCUUCCCUGGACAUCAAAUCGACCCCUCCUCUCUGGCCUGCAUACUGCAAUUCGCCUGAAGAGGAUGCCAACCAAUCCCCAUGUGCGCACUUUUGUGAAGGCAAGCUGGCUGAGAGCAAGUGGAAGUGGCUCACACCAGACGUCUUCAAGGGCCUCAAGGCGUUUCAUCCACCAAAAUGAGCCACGUAGCAGCCCGCUGUGCGCCCUGCAGCGCUAUCAUCUACCAUUCUUUUUUGAAACGGCUCAAUAAUAAUUCUUGGAAGACGUACCUCACUGAAGUGAAGACUCUUUAAGUCGCCAUGGAAGUGAACUCCCGGGUGCUAUAUUAUGCAACAGCAUUUGGUUUUGCCAAUGCUUGGGCAAAUCAGAACAAUCCAACUUACACAUGUGCCAUGCGCCACAUCAGUAUCAGGAGCACAUGCAACACAUGCCAGACAGCCCGAAGUUGUGGAGUGACAACAAGAUGAUAGGUUGGGCAAGAAGGCGGUCUUUAUGGUGAGUCCAGGAGUGGCCAUGAUGUGCCAACAAUUGGCAGUUUUGAGCAUGUGAGAUUGGGGCAUGACAUGAAAGUAGUUUUGAAUGUGUGAGAUUGGAGUUUAGUUACAGG